AUGGCUGGGCAGCCGGAGCUGGGCCGCACAGAGGCUGAACACGGCCAAGGGCUCAGCGACAGCCAUGGAGAGGCGCUCGACAUUCAACUCAAGCUGGACCAGCGCACAGAGGCAGAGCUGGAAGCUUUGAAGGUGUAUGUCGACGAAGGCGCGACCAUCGAGCUAUGCAACAACGCUUUUCAGCGGCUUGCAAGCCGAGCGUGUCGUAGCGACUUCUAUCACGUCGUUUUUGAGGGCUGGCGAUAUCUGCGACAGGAUCUUCGUACCGAAGGGCUGGAUGCUGACAAGGCAUUCCAGUAUUGCCACGAUCGUCUCAUCAGUCUGCCGCCAGAAACAGGAAGUGCACUUGAGCUUGGUUUCGUCUACGACUUGGUGGCGGAGCUGAUCCUUGGCAUCGACGCGCGUCGUUCUGACUCGGACUUGGCCCAGCAUUUUUUCUUCCCUGCUCGUUGGAAGCGCUGGAGUGCCCUCAUUGAAGAACUGGAUCUCAACCGUCAUUUACAUGCAGCCAUAACGAUUCAUGACGAGGCCACAGCGACUCGUUGUGCUGAGCUGGUUAAACUUAUUUGCUUUUGCAGAACUUAUGCACAACUACGAACCCCCGAGGCCGAUCUGUCCAGUCUCUGGCCCAGUCUGUCUGCGUGCUUGCACUCGCCCAACGUCAACCUUCACGCCUUUGUUCGCAACACGACGUGCCACCUCGUUACGCUGACUUCCCACCAUGUGCAGCAGGAUGUGAUCCACAAGCUGUUGGCCGUCAUUGCUAGCGCGGCGUCACCCUUGGUGCAGCAAGAGGCGUGCCUUACCUUAAUGCUCGUUGUGAAUGACGUACAAGCUGCGCUUCUUCGACGCAAACAAGACCUGGCACAGACCCCGGCACUAGGCCGGGCUCUCGAGGCGUGUUUGCCUGUGCUACAAGAACUGAUCAUGCUGCGAGGUCACUUCAAUCUGCGAGCCUGCGCGCUCAAGGCAGCACAGCAGCUUGUGUUGUUGAUGAACAUGACAACCUGGCAAGCGUGCCUGCCCGUGCGUGGUUCCGGCAACGAGCUGGAACGUAUCAGUGCCACUUGGUUUAUCUUGCUGCGACAAUGGCCAGGGCUCAGCACACUGCCCUUUGUCCCUGUAUCCCAAGCGCCAGUCAUCACCAUUGAUGUGCCACUGCCGAUGUCUGACCUGAUACAAGAUGUGACGGCGUUGGCGGAUGAUGAACGCUGCCAUCUAGCCGCGCUCUGCGCGGUGGGUGCCCUCAGCGCAAUUGUCGAGGCGGCUGGCUAUGCCAGCCGCUUGUGGCAGCCACUGUGGAGAAGCGGAGAGUAUUUGAUACAUCUCACAGGGUGCAGCGCACUCGUCCAGUUUUUCGUCAAGCAGGCAGAAACUUGCUUGCGUGAGCUUGAGGUGCACCGCUUGUCAGCCCCGUGGCGAUAUGCAGAGGGUGCCCUGAACUUUAUUGCAACGCUCAUUCAAGAAGAAGCCUCUCCGAGCGGGCAUCUUGUUGAACGAUAUGGUCGGAUGUUGAGCCAUGCUGUGACGGUGCCCGAUCCACCUGAUACCUUGGCUCGGGUUUUGGAGGAUGCGUCUAGAGCGGAGGUUGAGGACUCGCUCCGCAUAUAUGCUUUGCGCCAUGGCCCAGGGAAAGGACUCCGCUUUAAUGAUGCGUGGCAAACCCUGAUUGAGCCAGCCCUACGCUCGCGCUUGCCCGAGGUUCGAACUGCAGCGGUUCAAGGCCUGGGCCUCUUAAAGGCUUUGAAGCAUCCUUUCUGCGAACGAUCCCUGCUGGAGAUGGUUCAAAACGACGAGGACUCUGAGGUUCGAAUGGCAGCAAUGGUUGUCCUGUGGGGCGAAGACCCGCAUGACCCGCAAAGGCCUCGGGCAAAUGCGACCUACUCCCAGUACCUAGCAGCCCAUGCUCUACGUCGAAGCGCCUUGUUUCUUGCACCUAUAUGCGAGGAGCUUCGAGCCAUGGAACUCGGUGUAAAAUUGCACAACGCCGAGGCGGAGUGCUGUUAGAUGCGGACUCUUGAUGUGGGUGCGUUGUGUGGACUUGAGG